AUGGGUGGUGUAAUGAAUCGAUCAUCAAUUAGAGAAGAUGAAAAAUACUUUAGAACACGAAAAGAUAAACGAACACAACAACAUCAAAAUUUCGAUAUAUCAUUUGAAUCUGAUUAUGAAUACAUCUAUCGAGAUGUUGAUUCAAUUAACACAUAUGAUUUAUGGGAUAAAAAAUUUGAUCAAAAACAAAUGACAAAAAUAAAUGCGUUUGUUUCAGUAGAACUACCUGAUGUAUCCAACAUAUAUUCAUCUUAUAAUUCAAUUAAUAAAAACGAUGUAAGAAAUCAAACAUGGCAAUUUCUUCAUGACGCCAAUAAUUCAUUGUAUUCGACAGAGUCCCGUCGAAUAACACCAUCAUAUAACAUUUCAUACAAUCCUAAUGAAUAUAUUCAUGCUCAAGUUCCUGACACAAUUAAGAAUCAAUCACAAACUGUCACAUUUGAUGAACGUUUACCAAAAAGAGGACCAUUCGCUUCUUCAUCUCAACAACAACAACAACAACAACAACAACAACAGAAAAAAUUAGUCUUAACACCUUUAGCUAGUACUCAAUCUUGGCAUGAAUCAAGUAUUACAAGUAAUAAAAUGUCAGUAUCAAGAAAACCUAUAUCAUCAUCAAAUCGAUCAUCAACUCGUCGAUCAUUAACAGCUGCACCUAGUAAACCAUCAGCACAAGCACCUGUACAGAAAGCUAUUUAUGUAACUAUAGAUUAUACAGCAACAUUAGCAGAACGUGGCCAAACAGUUGCUAAUGAAUACCACCGUAAAAAAGGUGAACGAUAUCAUUCAGAUGGAUCCAAUUCAUCGACAAAUAAUCAUCGAAUACGUUCUCGUGUAAAUCAUCGACAUAAACAUCAACACUCAACUGAUUUAUGUAGUUCUAGCAUUCAUAUCCCAUCGAGUAAAUCACUCGAUACUUUUCAAGCAAAAUUAUCUGGUUCACAACAUACAAUACCAAAAUCUAUGUCAACAAAUAGAUUAGCAAAAAAUAUUGAACAAAUGCCAUUUAUUAAUAAUGAAACAAAACAAUUCAGAUAUAGAAGCCAUCAUCAACAACAAUCAUUACAAACUAACCAAGUAAAACCAUCGAAAAGUCGAGAAAAUCAUCAACAACAUAAACGACAACAUCAUUCAUCUCCUUCAAAUGAAUUAUCUUUCCCUAUCGAAUCUUCAAUACGUCGAAUUGAUAAUAAACAUUCAAAUAGACAGAUGAUGCGAAUUCCUUUAUCUCAACAUAAUUACUAG